UCGUUUUCGUGGGCUAUUCAGUUCGAUGAUGCUCCUGUGCCGGUCCUCGAUGCAGCUAUAGAAUCGUCAGAUAUCGCGAAAAGACAGGAGUGUAUGCCUGGACGUUCACGAUCUCCAGAAGGACAUGAUGCGCAGGAUGAUCCUGGAGGACCGAGAAAACGACCAAAGUUAUCAGAACAUGCUAUGGAACAGGAGUCAAAUAAUAUAUCGCACACGUUGCAUUCCUUGCCUGCUGUAGAUUAGCUAUCUACGUAGUAAUAAGGAAAAAAUGGCUAGUAGAGGCCAGUCACUGAGUAGGCUGAUCUGGGCGACAUCAAAUAAAUACCGCGGGCCGAGGGUAAUUUAGACUGAGGGCAGAUUAAAAGACAGGUCAUUCUCUUUCCUUGACCACCAUGUUCUCUUCCAUCUUUUCCACCUCGCCACCUAUUGACGCCAAGGCGCCCAAUUUCCGUCCUGUGUCGGAAGCCUUCAAGGAAGAUGAGCUCUUUGGCGAACUGACCCCCAAGGACACAGAAUGGACCUGUGCUAGCGGAUUCAUCACGGAGACACAGGUGUUCUAUACGACGACUGAGGACGGCAUUUCUCUUAUGUGCCAAGUAAUUCAUUCGUCUGUAGGCCUCUGGUACCCGACCAUCCAGUUCACUUGCAAAUGGCACAAUCCCAAGACUGGCGAGACUGUCUGGAAGUCUAUCAACGUAUCCAACUUUGUUACACCACCUCCAGGCCUCGAUAAACGAUCCAGCAAGGCUGAUCAGUUCUCCAUCAUCCACAAGGAGGCCCCUGGUACCGACUUCCCAGAAUCCUACCUCAUCACCGCCAAUCUCUCCACUGACCUUCAAAUCGGCCUUGAGAUCUCUCGCCCUGCUUCCGUUCCCGGUUGGAAGCUAGGAAAGGGCGAGAAAGGCGGUUUCUCCUAUUUCGGAUCCAAUCCUGCCAGCCCCGAAGGAUAUGUUGUCCAUCGAUUCUGGCCGCGCUUCCAUGCGACUGGUCAUUUUAUUCACAAGGGGCAGGCUAAUGUCAUCAAGGGACCGGGAAUGUUUGUGCAUGCGAUCCAAGGGAUGCGAGUCGAUCUUGUCGCAUCCGCGUGGAACUUCGCCAACUUCCAGAGUGAUGAGAACGGCGGCGUGUCUGCUAUUCAGAUGGAGUUUACGACAACCAAUGCUUAUGGAAAGCGUGGGUCUGGAUCGGGGGGUGUUGUAGUUAAUGUCGGUUCGCUUGUCGUUGGCGGCAAGCUGGUCUGUGUGACGGGCGAGACCAAGUGGGGGAAGGACGAACCGCCAGCUUCGAACGUCGUGUGCAGGGCUACCCAUUCGAAGCAUACCUUGGACAAGGACACCGGGUACAAGAAGCCUGGCGAACUUUUGUUUGAAUGGGCGGGACCGUCUGUUCUCCCUGGUCAGUCAGGAAGUUAUUCGGCAAAACUGUCGGUGGAAGUAGGAGAUGUAGAGAACCCCAAGGGGUUGAUUGAAAAGGUAGACGUUUUAGCGGAGAUACCGUAUGUUAUCAAAGUGGCAGUGAACUAUGUCGCUGGCACGAAGCCUUAUAUCUACCAGUGGUUUAACCCUAGCAAGUUGACGAUCACUGAGCCUGGAUCGGAUAAAUCGGUUGAAGUUGAUGGCAUGUUUUACAACGAGGCUACAUUCAUUUCUUAAAUUUUUACAUUUGCAAUCACACUGGAUUGACACGUUCAUGUUUUCUCUUUUACUUGCGAUUGAAACGAAGAUUUUCCCCUGAUACGUGGCAUACAAUAUACUUGAAUGUAAACUGAUAUACAUCCCAUCUCUGCGCAGUAAAAGGCUGUUAAGGUGCCCUGAAGGGACCCUGUCAUGACGCGGCUUCGGCAUUGCCUGGCAGUUCUGGGAAACGGAUAUCUAAUGCG